AUAGCGUUUAUGUGAUUUGUUUAGCGUUCAUCUCCGUCUACUAAGUGACAAGAAUAUGAACAAUUCUUGUAAAAAAAAUCGCAGGGGACAGUUAUUUUUUUCUUUUAACAGCUAGAACAGUUUAUACUUUGUACGAUGGUGCAAAUAUAUCAUUCACAGCUAAUGUGAUGAUACGCAUGCGCAAAACUUGAGCGAGUCUAACCUUUUUUUAAUGACAUGGAUAGUUACUUUAUCAAAGAUUUUAAAAUUACUUAAUUUGGCUUCGACAAAUAACCCUCAUUCUCAGAAGGCUAGGAGUGUCCGAAUGUGUGACACUCAUAGCCCAAAACGAAGCGAUCAUCUUUACCGACCGUGAUUAAGCGAAGACGGAAGCAACUAGCUGUGAAUGCUCACGUUUGCUUGAGCUGUUGGACUUUCCUUCGCGAGCUCAGCAGAAUCGCCUGUCUGCUCUCACGAGGGGAGCCAGCCCAGUCUUGUCAGCGCGCGGCUGUGUGGUUGAAGAUGGCGCUAGCCGAAUGGAAAUCCUAAUGACAGUUUCCAAAUUUGCCUCUUUUUGUACCAUGGGCGCCAAUGCCUCUGCACUGGAGAAAGAGAUUGGAUCUGAGCAGUUUCCGGUCAAUGAGCACUACUUUGGCCUGGUCAAUUUUGGGAACACCUGCUACUGCAACUCCGUGCUCCAGGCUCUGUACUUCUGCCGACCCUUUCGGGAGAAGAUCUUGGCGUACCGCAGUCAGCCUCGGCGGAAGGAGAACCUGCUCACCUGCCUGGCCGACCUGUUCCACAGUAUUGCCAACCAGAAGAGGAAAGUGGGCGUCAUACCGCCCAAGAAGUUCAUCACACGGCUACGCAAGGAGAAUGAGCUAUUUGACAAUUACAUGCAGCAGGAUGCCCACGAGUUCCUGAACUACCUGCUCAACACCAUUGCAGAUCUGCUUCAGGAGGAGAGGAAGCAGGACAAGACCAAUGGCCGCCUUGCCAACGGCACGUUGGACUCGCAGAACAACAACAGCAAUGCCACGCCUGCUCCCACCUGGGUCCAUGAGAUCUUCCAAGGCACUCUGACCAAUGAGACACGCUGCCUCACCUGUGAAACGAUAAGCAGCAAAGAUGAGGACUUUCUGGACCUUUCUGUGGAUGUAGAACAGAAUACCUCUAUCACACACUGCCUCAGAGGUUUCAGCAACACAGAGACACUGUGCAGUGAGUACAAAUACUACUGUGAAGAAUGUAGAAGCAAGCAAGAGGCACACAAGAGGAUGCGUGUUAAGAAGCUGCCAAUGAUCUUGGCUUUGCACCUGAAGCGCUUUAAAUACAUGGAGCAGCUGCAGCGCUACACCAAGCUGUCCUAUCGCGUUGUCUUCCCCCUGGAGCUCCGCCUCUUCAACACCUCUGGGGACGCCACCAAUCCUGAGAGGCUCUACGACCUGGUCGCCGUGGUGGUGCAUUGUGGGAGUGGUCCAAACAGGGGUCACUACAUUGCCAUUGUGAAAAGUCACGACUUCUGGUUGCUAUUUGAUGAUGAUAUUGUAGAGAAAAUUGAUGCACAGGCCAUAGAAGAAUUCUACGGUCUCACUUCUGAAAUCUCCAAGAACUCUGAGUCAGGCUACAUCCUCUUUUACCAGUCCAGAGACUGAAGGUGGAGCCGAGUGUUUCACUACAGAAACCAGGAGAAACUGCUCUGUUCCCUCUUUGGAGGGAGCAGCGGACCAUAAACGCACCACAGCAGCCCGCAUGGUGUUAUACCUGCCAGCACAGCUGUAAUUCAUAUUUGCGCUUUUUACACACUCAGCGCUGCAGCUCAGCCGUUGAAGUUCCCCCUACGUAACAUCCUGUCCUUCCUGCCCCCCUUCACUCUGGCUGGACGCUGCUGCCGGGACAUUGAGACGAUGAUGAAUGAGAACUGUGUCAAGAUUGUUUUUAAAAAGACGCUGAAUGAGACCUAUACAGAUGUUGGGUGGUCGUAUGAGUGGCGUAUUAGUUUUUGCUUGGGUGUGGGGUUGAAUGGGUAUUUAAUAAUUCAUAUGAUGUAAUAUUGGCCUGGUGUCUUCACCCCUCACACUGUUAUUCUGCACUGGGAUUUACUGAGAGUGGAUCAUGUUUUUGAUCAUGGAUGUAUAGGAGGAUGGGUGUGGGGUGAGUGACCCACUUAUGGGGCACACUGGGUUGUAUAUUUCUACAGUGUACAGGAUGGUAUUUGUAUAAAUAUAACAAUAAGAUAUUAUCAGUGGAAAAUGUUAGAGAAGAUGUAUUAACACUAUGGUGCACUUUUGAUACCGUUUUGUAGGUGUUGGCAAGUUUAAUGUGAGGGUUUGCUUUAAAAGGCCUGUUGUGAAGCGAUUAUUUCUGUUUUAAAGAAAAAAAUAAAGCCGGUAAGAUUGA